GCAGUGCGCGGCGCUCCGGCGGCGUGUGCGGAACGGUGGCCGGAACGGCAGCUGCGGUGCCGGCGGCGGUAGGAGCAGCACAACAGGCCAUACCAUAGAGGCAACAGCAGAAGGGAGCCCGUGGUCCUCUGUCGUAAACACACUCCCCGCCACUGCCACCUCCCCUCUGCGCCGCGCGCAGUCCUGCCUAGCGCCCGAGGCCGCUCGAAUUGCUAUGUAACCGGGAGACUGCCGGACGAAGGGGACUGGGAAGAAGAGGCUCUCCCGCCGUGGCCGCUCGGAGCCAAGUUUGCAGCCACUUCUGCACGCGCUCUCCCUUAGCCUUCGUCCGCCCCUUCCAGCAGCCCAGCCGGCCAGGUGCCCUUCACCUCCUCGCGUGCCCAGCAGCCGAGGUUCACGGCGACCAUGGUGACAGUGGAGGAGCUGCGGGAGAUGGACUGCAGCGUGCUCAAAAGGCUGAUGAACCGGGACGAGAGCGGCGGAGGCGCGGGAGGCAGCGGCAGCCACGGCUCCCUGGGGCUGCUGAGCGGCGGCAAGUGCCUGCUGCUGGACUGCAGACCGUUCCUGGCGCAUAGCGCGGGCUACAUCCGAGGCUCGGUCAACGUGCGCUGUAAUACUAUCGUGCGGCGGCGGGCCAAAGGCUCCGUGAGCCUGGAGCAGAUCCUGCCCGCCGAGGAGGUGCGGGCCCGCCUGCGCUCUGGCCUCUACUCGGCGGUCAUCGUCUAUGAUGAGCGCAGCCCGCGCGCCGAGAGCCUCCGCGAAGACAGCACCGUGUCGCUGGUGGUGCAGGCGCUGCGUCGCAACGCUGAGCGGACAGACAUCUGCCUGCUCAAAGGUGGCUAUGAGCAGUUUUCUUCCGAGUACCCAGAAUUCUGUGCCAAAACCAAGGCCCUGGCAGCCAUCCCACCCCCGGUGCCCCCAAGCACCGCGGAGUCCUUGGAUCUGGGCUGCAGCUCCUGCGGAACCCCACUGCAUGACCAGGGGGGUCCUGUGGAGAUCCUUCCCUUCCUCUACCUCGGUAGUGCCUAUCACGCUGCCCGGAGAGACAUGCUGGAUGCCCUGGGCAUCACAGCCCUGUUGAACGUGUCCUCGGACUGCCCCAACCACUUUGAAGGACACUAUCAGUACAAGUGCAUUCCAGUGGAAGAUAACCACAAGGCGGACAUCAGCUCUUGGUUCAUGGAAGCCAUUGAGUAUAUCGAUGCGGUGAAGGACUGCCGUGGGCGGGUGCUGGUACACUGCCAGGCAGGCAUCUCGCGCUCUGCCACCAUCUGCCUUGCCUACCUGAUGAUGAAGAAGAGGGUGAGGCUGGAGGAGGCCUUUGAGUUUGUCAAGCAGCGCCGGAGCAUCAUCUCACCCAACUUCAGCUUCAUGGGGCAGCUGCUGCAGUUCGAGUCCCAGGUGCUGGCCACGUCCUGUGCUGUGGAGGCUGCCAGCCCCUCGGGGCCCCUGAGGGAGCGGGGCAAAGCUACCCCCACCCCCACCUCGCAGUUUGUCUUCAGCUUCCCAGUCUCUGUGGGGGUGCACUCGGCUCCCAGCAGCCUGCCGUAUCUGCACAGCCCCAUCACCACCUCCCCCAGCUGUUAGGGCCGGAGCCCCGGAGCCCGGGAACCCCCAAGCCGAAGUCGGCUUUCCGCAGAGGUGGGUGGGCCGCAUGUGGCAGCAAGUCAAGACUGACCAGCAGGGGGCAGGUGACCAAGCUCCUUCCUCAUCCAUUUCUCCUUGGCCGUCCUCGGGGGCCAGCUAGAAUGGCAAUAAGGACUUUGAAUACCUAGUAAAAGCAGACAACAAAACACUCCGACUUAGAGCAAUAAUGGCUGCCUCAGCAGCCGGGGAGACCUUGCUUUGGUGUGUGCAUCAGUUUUACGUUUAAGAUAGAAGUUUCUUACCUCAUUUUUUUAAGCAGCAAGGCUUGAAGUUAUGAAAUCCGCAGAUCCUGGCAAAUGUGCUCAACCAGUUUUAUGGGGGGGAGGGGGACGGGCAAGGGAUGAGAAGCAAACCUGUUUCCCAGAAGUGCCUGGAUUCCUGUUCUUGCUCCAUUUUUUGUUGUUGUUGUUGUAGUUACAGGAAUUUUGUUUUUUUAAA